AUGCCUGAAAUGAAGGCUAACUUGAGAACUCAAAAGAGACUUGCCGCUUCUGUUGUCGGUGUUGGUAAGAGAAAGAUCUGGAUGGAUCCUUCCGAAUCCGCCGAAAUCGCUCAAGCCAACUCCAGAAAUGCUAUCAGAAAGUUGGUCAAGAACGGUACCAUCGUCAAGAAGCCAGUUAGAAUCCACUCUAGAUCCAGAACUAGAGCUAUGGCUGAAUCCAAGAGAAACGGUCGUCACACUGGUUACGGUAAGAGAAAGGGUACCAAGGAAGCCAGAUUGCCAUCCCAAGUCGUCUGGAUCAGAAGAUUACGUGUCUUGAGAAGAUUGUUGGCCAAGUACAGAGACGCUGGUAAGAUCGACAGACACUUGUACCACUCCUUGUACAAGGCUGCUAAGGGUAACACCUUCAAGCACAAGAGAGCUUUGGUUGAACACAUCAUCCAAGCUAAGGCUGAUGCUCAACGUGAAAAGGCUUUGAAGGAAGAAGCUGAAGCUAGAAGAUUGAAGAACAGAGCUGCUAGAGAAAGAAGAGCUCAAAGAGUUGCUGAAAAGAGAGACGCUUUGUUGAAGGAAGACGCUUAA